UCUCAAUUAGUUAUCAAUAAACUUUCGAACCGCAACGUAGUUCAUUUAGUGUCAGAGUAAUAAUUAACAAAAUGGUUCAAGUAACCAUAAAAGACGGAGUGUUAGAGGGUAAUGUGGUUAAUAAUGCAUAUGGAGGGAAUUAUUAUGCCUUCAAGGGUAUACCGUAUGCGGCGCCACCUGUUGGAGAUCUCAGGUUUAAGGCACCUCAACCGGUGAAGCCGUGGCAAGGCGUUCGCGAUGCCAAAAAUUUUGGCCCUGUAUGCUACCAAUUCGAUAUGAUAAUGCGCAGAUUAAUACCAGGCAGCGAGGACUGCUUAUAUUUAAAUGUCUACUCACCUGACAUCAAACCAUCAAAACCUCUGCCAGUUAUGGUGUGGAUACAUGGCGGAGGAUUCAUGUCUGGUAGCGGAAACGAUGACCUUUACGGCCCAGAGUUUCUUGUACGCCAGGGCGUAAUCCUCGUUACAUUUAAUUACAGAUUAGAAGUCCUUGGUUUCCUCAGUCUUGAGACAGAGGAAAUUCCUGGUAACGCAGGCAUGAAAGACCAAGUUGCAGCGCUCAGAUGGGUAAAAAAUAAUAUUAAAAAUUUUGGUGGGGAUCCUGAAAAUAUAACUAUUUUUGGUGAAAGUGCGGGUGGCGCCAGUGUAACCUACCACUUAAUAUCACCAAUGUCGAAAGGUCUUUUCAAGAGAGCUAUAGCGCAAAGUGGAUCUACUAUGUGUUCAUGGGCACUUGCCACGGAACCACGUGAGAGGGCAUUCGUUUUAGCUAAAAGAUUGGGAUAUAAAUCAGACAACAUUAAAGGGUUAUAUGAAUUCUUCAAAUCUUUGCCAGUAGAAUCUCUUAUUCAAGCAAAUAUACCAAUAACAACUGUUGAAAGUGCCAAAAAAUUGGCCCACAUAACUUUUAGUAUUGUAGAUGAAAAACAAUUUGGUAAUAACGAACGAUUUUUCUAUGGAAAUAGAAACGAUGUACUUCGUAAUGGAAUUCAUGACGGUGUAGAAGUUAUAGUUGGAUGUACCGAGGACGAAGGUGUUAUUAGACUUGGUCUACUUAAUAUUGAUGAAUUUAAAGACAAUCUCAAUAUUCUGGACUUUUUAGUUCCAACUCCUAUUCUUCUAAAUAACCCACUAAAUAAACAACUUGAUGUUGGAAGGAAAUUGAGGAAAUAUUAUUUUGGUGACAAUGUUCAAUCGAAGUCAAACCUCUCAGAGAAAAUUAUUAAAUUCUACUCAAUGGAAAUGUUUGUAUUCGGAGUAGUUGAAUGGGCUAAAAUUUGUGCUCGAUCAAAUAAAAAUACUAUAUAUAUGUACAAGUUUGGAUGCAAAUCAGAAAGAAAUAUUCUUGGUGUAGUUUUAGGAGGAGAAAACCUAUCGAAAGAUAGACCCGUAGUGAGUCAUGCUGACGACUUGCCUUACUUAUUUCCACUGGCUGGCGUAUUUAGCCUAUUUGGGCAAACACUUGAUCAAAAUUCGACUACAUUCAAACUCGUCGAGAAUGUUACACGACUUUGGACUAACUUCGCUAAGCAAGGUAAUCCAACACCCGAUGGCAGCCUGGGCGUAAAAUGGUCACCGUACACGAUCGAGAAGCAAGAUUACCUGAACAUCGGCAACGUACUCUCGACCGGCACAGCUCCGGACAAAGAAGAAAUAGAAUUUUGGGAGAAUAUUUUCAGAGAAUACGAGCCCAAUUAUGUUUAUGAUGGAUAAAAAUUGCCAACUAAUACACAGUAUGUAAAAGAACAGCUACUCGUUAAUGACGUCAUGUUUUUAAUUUCGUUGUAGUACCAAAGUGCAAUACUAUUAUUAUUGUACGUAUAUUAAAAGUUAAACGUAAAAGUAUAUCAUAUAGAGGAAAUUCGAAAAUAAUAUGCAACAUAUUGGCCGUCUGGUCCGGCAUAGAACAGGCCAGGCCUUUUCCGUAGGUGUCGUAAGACGCGACUAAGGGAGGGCGAGGGAUGGAAAGCAGCGUUCCUCUUAAAACAUCUCUAAAGCCUAACUGCAGUUGCCAAUCCGCCUGCCAAGUGUGGCAACUACUGGCAAACCCCCCAAGGGAGAGGCUUACGUUCAGCAGUGGACAAUUAAAGGCUGAUAUGAUAUAUGAAAUUAAUUAUCAUGAACUUCCAAAAUAACUAGUUUUUUUUUUUUUAAUUAUUAAGUAGUUCGUAACUAGAACAAAGUAUUCACUACUUAAUGCAUGUUUCAUAAUUUUUUCAUUUUGUGCUUUAAAAUCAAAUAUUACUAAAGAGGAAAUCGUUUCAUUUUUCAUUUUUGGUUAAGGUACUUGAAAAGUAGGAUUUUAUAUUUAUAUAUACUAUAAAUAAGAAUUGAAAUUUACAAUUAUUUACUAUAUUUAUAUCACAAUUUUAUCAUCAUUAUUUUGAAAUAUUUAACUGUUUAAUAUUAUUAAAUAAAUACAAUACAAUACAAUUACAGACUAAUUUUAAAGCUGUUCGUUAUGUACUGUAAUUUAUUUUUAUUAUUACUCUAUUAUUUUUUUAUCACUCUAUAAGACUGUACUUAAGUACUUAAAUUAUAUAAAUUUAUUUAAUAAACAUACCAUUUUAUAUAACAUAAUGUAGUUAUUGACAGACCAAGUUAUUAUUUUCAUCAACAUGCAUACAUGUUUAUUUGCUUAAAUGAGGUUUUUUUGUCAAUUCUCAAUCAAACCGACUUCUUUUAACAGAUGUGGUUGCUAAUCCAGAAAAUAGAGACCUAAUGGUUCAACCACAGUAUAAAAGAAACUUUAAUUCAAAUAUGGUUUAUUCAUUUAAACUCCAAUACACAGUGUAAUUGUAUGUAUCUACAUAUGGUGCACUUAACAUCGGACGGUGUUCUCUACCAGUCAACCAUUCAUGAAUUGAGGAAACAUAAAGCAAUACUUAAUAUUCUCAUAUAUUAUAAAUAUAUACUAUAAAUACGUCAUAUACAUACACAAACACAUAAAUAUAUAUAUAGAAGAAAAAGCAAUUUGAACAAUCUAUGACACAAACAGAGCAAUUAACAGGUUUAAAUUUAAAAGAAAAGUGAAAAAGGGGCAAUAAAGUUUAGAAAUCGUCCUUAUUAAAUUUUCUUUUUUUUUAAAAAAAAGGUAAGAUAAUUAAACAAUUUAUGUUUAAAAACUUAUGUAGAAAUACUUAUUGGAACACGAUUAAAUAACAAAGAUUAAAAGGAUAAAAUGUAUUAAUUGGUUUUAUAAUAAAAAUAAAUAAAUGAAUUAAUAAUAGAAGGAUUACGAAAGAUACUGAGAAUAAGUGUAAAUACUUAUACAGAUAUAAAAUGUCCAAUUAAGUAAACGCUGAUAAAAGGCCAAGUAAAAGGUGAAGCGAAUUAAAAAAACUUGUAUAAUCGCAAUAUGUAAAAACAGAUUGAUACACUCAGAUGUAAGGAAAGUAAAGAAACAUACGUGAUUAAAGUUUAAGUCCAUUUCUCAUCUCAGUGACUAAUGCAUAUAAAAUAAAUAUUAGCAAUAAACUAAAUAAUUCACACAUCUCUGAAGUGGAACUAAAUUGAAGUUUAGGAGAACAUCUUCAGAAAAAUAUAUUCGUAAUAUCUGAAAUCACAAUUCGUGAUUCAAUGUUUUUUUUAUGCAACUUAGAAUGGCAAACAAACUGAUGGCCCACCUGAUGGAAAAUAGUAACCCUCGCCUAUAGACAUGAGUAGUACCAUGAACAUAAUAGUCGUAUUGUAUUGUGUGUAGGCAUACUCGUACUGUUUCGCCUAUAAUAUAUUUCGCCCCAUGCGUUGCCAUUCCUAAGGACUCAGGAAUGUAUAAUAUUAUUGUAAUUUUAUUUAAAGAUAACUGCAUUGAUUUUCUAAAUAAAUUAAAUUAAUUUAUAACAAUAAUAAAAAUAAAAAAGUACAUAAAAAUAUUUAUGACUGAUUUAGCAAAAUAUUGCACUGCAUUGGUUUAUUGAUAAUUCUAUUAUUAAAUUACAGUGUUCUUAUUAUGUUCAACUUAGAUUUGUAAACUUUCAUGUAUUAUUUUUAUAGUUCUCUCUUGUCAUUAUAUCUGACUUCGAAAGUUAUAGCUAGAGUUCGUUGACCUCGAAGUUAACGACUCGGAAGUUAAAGUAAACAAGAGUAACUAUUAUACCAAUGCUAACUAGUAUUCCGUACCGGACAAUGGUCCAAGAGAAAUGUCAUUAAAUUCUGUUUAUAACGUCUUAAAUGUUCCACCCGUAAAUAUUAUAAACAGAAAUCAAUUUAGGGGAAAAAGGAAUGUUAAUAAUGAGGUUUGACAGCUUUGACGGUUGAAACACGGAUGGGACAGAGGUACCCAAGCAAACGACUUUUGUACAAAGUCUCCCUCUGGUAAUGAUGAUGUCUAUAUUGAAGCAAUACUUGUAUCUAAUCCGUUACAUUACACGCGAUUACUCUAAACAAUUUGGCUGAUAAACAAAAAGUAUGCUAUGGUUGCCUCUAAAUGUGAAAACAGUUAGCCAUAAUCCACUAGUGUAUUUUUUUUAAUGGAUGAUAAUGGAAUGGUAACCCCACCCGCGCUAUCGGUAUACACCGACGGGGCACCAGUGAAGGAUGAUAGGUGAGGAUGGAGCAGGUCAGUUAGCCCAUCGUGACGAAUUCAACAAGAAUUGUUCACGAUGGUUUCCAGGGGUAACCACGUGGAAGUCGAUCUAAUAAGGUAUAUUGCUAACAAUGGGGCUGUCAAACUCCAUUGCUAACAAUCCUUUUCCCCCUCCACUAGUGUAUUGUAUUGACAUGUUUCACAGUAUCUUAUGUUGGUGAUCCUAUAAAAUAAAUAAAACUAUAGUUAGUGUACAUAAUACAGUAGAAUAAUUAUAAUACGCUAGGGUUGUCACGAACAAGAGGCGCAGUGCGACAUGCAUUUUAAUUGAAAUUUAACCACUUCCCAUUGAGUGCUAGCCCCAGAGACCCGAAUAUUGGUAAUACAAAGCAGCGUGCUCGAAAGGAAUAUUUAUGAGCAAAUAUAAACUGUACCCUACACAAUAACUACAUUAGUAUGAACAAUUUCUGUCAGUUGACAAAGGCCUACAUUUAAUUCUCUCUCUUUCUCUGCACAAGAAACUAAUGUAGCUAGUUAAGAGGGGACGGGUUGUUAGUAAUGCGGGCUACCAGUCCCAUUGCUGCCAAUGUCUGCAAUUCUAUCCACGUGGUCUCUCCAGGAAAUUAUCGUAUUGAAUUUCAGGUGUGUUCAUUACAAUGGGCUAAUUGACCUGCUUUUUCAUUCUCACCUAUCAUCCCUCACUGGUGCCCCGCCAGUGUAUACCGACAGCACUGGCGGGGUUACCAUUCUAUUAUCAUUCAUUAUUAUAUAAAUGUGACUAGUUUUUUCCAGUAUUGUUUUUGAAUAAUUAAGAUUGUGUUCCAUGAAUAAAACAGAAUUCAAUUGUUA